CGCAACCAAACAUCAUUCCAUAAAGUGGAGAGAACAGCAGUUCUGGCCGCUUCACGAGUAUCUAGACACUCUAAUAUUAUGUGCUUUACAUCUUCUGGCAGUUGACUUAUUAAAUCCGACGUAGUUCUGCUUCGAAGAGGAGGAUGAAUAGCCAUUAGAUCAAAAGCAGCCUAGAAUUAUUCAUUCUCACAGUUUGAAUCCAUCAAGCUUCACACCUCAAGCCUUGGUAGCACACCCUAGCCUAUCGAAUCGAUCAAGGUCUUUCCAUCGACCAAACCUUUGUUCGUCAAUUCCAUCACCGGCGAAGAUAUGAGCUUCCUUCGUCACUUCUCUUACCGGCGAAGAUGUAGGCGUGGCACUCCAUCUCGAUUUUUCAUCUCUAUCAGGAAGUCUCUUUUCGCCUGACAAGUUUGGAUUGUGGGGUUCAAAGAUAAGGAAUCAAAUCCAUCAAAUUGGUAAUCUUAGUUUCACUUCAGAGAUGGAAACCAAAGAUUUCAAGAAUGGGUUCACAUUAGGACAUGGAUCUGACAUUUUAAAAUCCAAAAUCAACCCAAAUGAGAUGAAGAACCUGUUCAUCUUGGGAUCCUGUCAUGCAAGGAGAUAAUGCCAUUGCACAUAAGGUUGAUGGACCUACUGUAAUUGGAAUGAAUAAAAGAAAGAUUGAUGAUACAUUUGCAGAUUAUACUGCAAUUCAAGGGCCCAAGGAAAUCCACUCAAGUGUCCAGACCAGGAGAGGGAGGGAAGCAGAAGGCGAUGAGCGAACUAAAAGCAAUCGCCUCUGGAGGAAGUGGGGUGGAACCUGCAGGAGAUGAAGAAGAAUAUGCAGUGUUCUUAGACAAGCUAAACAAGUUCCCAAUGGGGUUUGGUUUAACACUAGAAGGAGCUGCAGCCGAUAUAAAAGACAACAAUGUUUGGAGCAAAAUUUACACCCUUAAGAUGGAGCAUGAGUUGGAAAUAGAACAACCAGUGAAGUCUGGUGUUUUGAGGGCCAUUAAUUUUGACAAGAAAUCAACCUCGGAUGCUGCUCUACUUCAUUUUUUUUAUUGGUGUAAACAUGGGCUAAGUUGUUGAAAGCAUUUUGCGCAAGCGUGAAGCUGGAACUGAUAUACAAAGUCCAAGUGCAGUGCUAUGAGGACGCUAAGCUGAUGAAAUUGUUCCCUGAAAACAUAAGGUUACUUUAUGACCAGGAUAUCCUUGCUGAAGACACCAUCCUUCCUUGGUUCCACAUGCAAAAGAACAACUCCCAAGGGCAGACAAUCAUUUGUGAAGUCGCCGGAGCCCUUCGUGAAGUGGCUAGAGGAGGCUGAGGAAGAGGAGUCAGUAACCACUCCGGCAUUGUAGACUGGCAGACGACUGUGUAUCACACUCUCACAGAGUCACAGUGUUUCCACUGAUGCAAUGUUUUUCCUAGAUUUAUAGUUCUUUUAAUUUGUUUUAUUUUUCCAUCGCAAUGUGCUAUGCUCAUCUCAGGUGAUAUUAUUAAGAUGCUUGUGGUAGUGUUACGUAUACAUUUUUUCUGUUCAGCUGUUGUGAAUUUGUUAUAAGACUGUGUUUGUAGUGGCACAUAAUAAUCCACGUAGGACGUGUUACCUAAAAAUCAACACAAGAAACAUCUUUUAUCAUUUCGAG